AUGUACACACACUGUUGGAUACAGGAUACUAAAAGAUUCAGCUUCAUAACAAAAGUGAUGGCUGAUAAUAAAAAAAUUGACUUUAAAUUAAAGAGUAAUAUUGGCUCGCUAGAAUUUGGAAAACCGUUUAUUAGUGGUCCACGUGGUAUUGCUUAUCGAUCAAGCGAUAAUCUAUUAUUCAUAGCCGAUUCUAAAAAUGAACGUGUUGUUGGUUUUACCGAAGAUAAUAAACUGGCUAAAAUUAUUAGUCAUUACGGUAUGAAAAAUGGUCUUUGUGUUAUGAGCAAUGGGCAGUUGCUAAUGACAGAUGAAAUUCAGAUUGUUUUACUUAACAACGAUUUACGUUUGAUAAGAACAUUUGGCCAAGACGAUAUUGAUGCUGGUUUUACUAAUUACCAGGGAAUAUGUGUUGAUAGUAACGAUCUUAUUUAUGUAUGUGAUCAAGCCACACGUCAAAUUAAAGUUUAUGAUCCCAAAACUUUAAGUAUUGUUCGGUUUUUUGGUAACAAAAAUCUAUUUAGCUCUUUGGCUUAUUGUACAGUAAGCAAUGAUUAUUGUUUUAUCACAGAUCCUCAGGGCAGUUGCGUACACCAGUUUACAAUUGAUGGACAGUUUGUCAGUCGAUUUGGAAACGAAACAACUGAGUAUUUUCAAACACCAUUAUCUAGUCCUCGAGGAAUUAUGCCGAUUAAUAAUAACAAACACUUAUUAGUUGCUGAUAGCCAUAAUGAUCGUUUGGUUGUAUUCGAUAAUGAUGGAAAAUGUGUACAGUUAAUCACAGAAAGAAUUGAUUAUCCUGAAAGUCUUGCUACGAAUAAAAAUGAAGACAUCUUUGUGACAAUGCGCGACACAAUUGGACUUUUUUCAACAAAAAAUUAA